GUAAUGUGAGAGGACAGUAUGUCGGAUAAUAAAUGUGUGUUCUGUGUGCCAAAUAAACCCUACACCGGGAAAACUGUGGCCGUCUGUGUUUGUAAUGAAAACACAUUUUAAAGGGGUGACGAUUUUAAAAGCCUCUGCGAGUGCUGCAGAUUAUGUCAUCUCAUUUUUAAAUACGUUUUAAUAUUUUGUUUAUCAUCGCACGAGAUAAUGUCGCCGCCACCAUACAACGACUUGGGGAAAAAUGCCCGUGAUGUUUUCAACAAGGGUUAUCAUUUUGGGCUUCUAAAAUUGGAUUGCAAAACAAAAACUAAGUCUGGUGUUGAAUUUUCAUCAGGUGGUUCUUCAAACCAGGAUACUGGAAAGGUGUUUGGGUCAUUGGAGACUAAAUACAAAGUGUCUGAUUAUGGUCUUACUUUCUCAGAGAAGUGGAAUACAGAUAACACGCUGGCCACAGAAAUUUCUAUUCAGGAUUAUAUUGCUAAGGGACUGAAAUUAUCAUUUGACAGCUCAUUUGCACCCCAGACAGGAAGUAAGACAGGACGCAUCAAGACUGAAUUUAGGAAUGAUAUUACUGCCCUGAAUGUUGAUGUUGAUUUGGAUACAGCUGGUCCUAUCUUAUUAGCCUCUGCUGUGUUGGGCUACAACGGCUGGCUGGUUGGUUAUCAGUCACGAUUUGACUCUCAAAAAUCUAAGCUUACAAAAAGUAACUUUGCAUUGGGUUAUUCUUCUGGGGACUUCAUCCUUCAUACUAAUGUGAAUGAUGGUAAAGACUUUGGUGGAGCCAUCUACCAAAAAGUGAAUCCAAAGCUAGAUACUGCUAUUGAUUUAAAUUGGACUGCAGGAUCGAAUGAGACUAGAUUUGGAAUUGGCUGCAAAUAUGAUCUGGGCAGUGAUACUUCAGUCAGAGCCAAGGUCAACAAUUUGAGCCAAAUAGGUCUUGGAUACCAGCAAAAGCUUCGUGAAGGAGUCUCUUUAUAUUUGUCAGUGUUAAUUGAUGGCAAGAAUAUCAACCAAGGUGGCCAUAAGAUUGGUGCAGCCCUGGAACUGGAGGCUUAAUGCAUUUCAUACUGUGGUCUUUUGACUUAAAGAUGCUGUGAAGCUUGAAGAAAGUAAAGUAUUUAAACAUCAUGGCAAUUUGUUUUUAGAGGAACAAGUUUUUUAAGUUAUAGUCAUGGCUUUUUUGAACAUGUGGUGCAUUUAUUUUAAUUGAAUCAUCUGGCUUACUUUUCAAUGUGGAAAGGAAGGUUGAACAUGUAAUUCAGAGUAAUCAGACCACUGCUCAGUAAAUAAAUAUACUGCGUUCCAGUGAGUAGUAAUUGCUUCAGGGUGUGUUGUAUACAAACUUCUAUAUUUCAAAGAAAUAGGAAUCUUUUUGUUUUGUUUUUUUGGAGAACCAUCUGAUUAACUUUAAGGGAAGCUUGUAUAGAUGAACUGUUACUCUAAUGAUAUGCAUUAGAAAUAUUGAGUGGAAGAAGCUUUUGCAUGUAGAGAUUCUGUCAAACCACUAUUUUAAGCUUUGGUGGUAUAAUUGGUACCAUAUUUUCUUCAAUCUUCACAUCUUUGAACAAAACAAAUGAACAUCUUUGUGAAAUAAACACUUAUAAGAUGUGCAAUAGACCAAUAUUAGGAACAUCUGAUCUGUAAAGACCAUGGGGAGCUUUCCUUUUGUUACUCAUUUGUCAUGACCAGCAGUUAAUGUUGCCUCACGUUUUAGACCCAUUUGUUUUGCCUUGUAGAAGACAACCACCUUCCCUGAGGAAGACCUGAAUUUCCUCAGUAUUAGUGAACAUUAGUUUCUAUUAGGAACUGUAUCUGUACAGAUUGUAGACAAGUCAAUAAGGGAGACUUUGUCUUCAUAUGCUGUAUGAUCUGGAGUGACUACCAUGCUAACAAGAUGAGAAAGGAUGGUGCGUAAGUAGUAGAAGGUUGUAAGCGUGUAUGUUUCCAAUUGUUUUGUAUUUUUAAGUUUUGAUGAAUAAACAUCUCCCAUUGAUUCUGAA